AAUGUCAGCAGUAUAGAAGUUUGAAUUUCAAAUACUACACAGUUCUAAUUUCAACUUAAUGCCGGUUAUUGAGUAUCGAAAGAAUAUAAUAGUAAUAACAAUAAAUUAACAUUGAAUAUGUCUUGCAUUUGUCAGUAUAUAGUUAAUUCUACGUCGGCGCCGAAUGGCACCGAGAUACGUGUGUCCUUUGGUGUAACCACGUCUUCAGAGACCGAACCUGAAGCUCCAGUUCCCAGCCAGAAUGUGUCGUCUAUCGAGACCGCCAAAGAGGCUGUAACCGAUGACACCAAAAUCGCAGUCUGUGUCUCCGAGCUGGCCAAAUUCCGUGCCGAGAAUUGGCUGCUCAAGAAAAAGCUACACGACUAUGAGGUCACAAUUGAUAAUCUAGAGCAGCUAAUGUCAACUAUUGUGAACAAGCAGCAUCAGGUUCUAAGCGAUAUGAUUCAGUUGCGCAAACGUAACAAUGAGCUGGAGACAGAGUGUAAUCUCCAGCGGGAAUAUCACGCCAUAGAGCGCAAUUCACUAAUUAAACAGGUGCACGAGCUCAAGACUAUGUCUAAGGAUCAUAGUUGUUCUAUGAGUGGCGAGGACGAAGAGGAUCUUAAUCAGACAGCAGAUAGUCAGGAAUAUGACAAACAGUUGAUGGAAACUGAGAGCGAUGAAGAUUGUCGCUAUGGUCACGACAGCGAUGAAGAUGAUGUUCUAUCGACAAUCUCAUCCGUUGUAUCCACAGGACCAAGCUCAACUAACAGUUCGCCCUACUCCACUGCCUCCGAGUCUGAAGAUACCGAAGGAAGCGACGACGAUGUUAAGGAAUCUCAGAAUGAAACUGAAUCAGACUAAAUUUUAAGAUCUGAUGAAUCGUACACUAGUUCCACAAUAUUCCUGUUAAAAGUCUAACAAAUUGACACCAUACUAUUAAGUUCUUAAAUCUAAGGCGUUAAGUAAUCAACAGAAAAACGUGACAAUCGGGCAAAACAAACGAAAUAAAUUUUGAAAUAACGUGACAGAGACACAAAUAGAACGUCACAAAUGCAAAGGACAACGCAUUAAAAACUCUCGCAAGUAUUUGCAUAUCAAAAUGCGAUGGUAGACCUCCUCAACUCUUAACACUCAGGUCGUUGGUACAACAGCCAAAGUGAUUGAAUGCCUGGCAAAUAUACAGAUGAAGGUGCCAAAGGACGAGGAACUGCGAGACUGGGAAGCAUUUAAAUAACUGGCAAAAACGUGUUAAGUGUUUACCUAUCGCAAAAGUUGAAACACAACAAUAAAAAAUAAAAUCAAGCCCAAAGCUA